AUGAGGCAACUACCAGUAUUUGUGAAUGGGAAGUUUUGCAAGGACCCAGAGCUUGUCACUGCUAAUGAUUUCUUCCACUCGUUGAAUGUGGGAAAUACCAAGGCCGUUGCCUUUGCUGGUCUAAGCAGCCAUAAUCCUAGGGUCAUCACCAUAGCCAAUGCAGUCUUUGGAUCCAACCCUCCCAUCAAUCAAGAUGUUCUCACCAAGGCCUUCCAAGUGGACAAGAAUGUGGUUAACUAUCUUCAGAAACAGUUCUAA